AUGGUUGACCACUACGAUAAUGAUGAAGAUAGUGAUCAUGAUGAUGAUGUAUUUCAGAAAAUGUAUGAGGAGAAAAUGAACCACCACCUUGUACUUGAGAUUCUAAGUUGCUUAUGCAAAAGAAUAUCAGAAAUGUCCGACGCAUACCUGAGUGACACGUCAGCACAUGAUGCAAUGUUACAGGCAGUCAAGAAUGGAAUUACUGAGUUCAUGGGAUCAAUGAGAUAUGAAAAUGCUGAACUUUUGUUAGCCAUGGACGAAAGUAACAGAGGCAUAUUUGCACAUGCAAUUCUGAAUCGUCAAGAAGAAGUGUUCCAACUCAUACACGAUAUAGAGAAUAAAGAGUUGUUUACAUCCAGUCAGGAUACGUUAGGAAAUAACUUGUUGCACAUUGCAGCAAAGUUAGGGCCACCUCGUUCCCUUGAUCGCAUAUCCAAUGCAGCUCUGCAGAUGCAAACAGAAGUUUAG